UGCCGUAUGUAUUUGGGGUGUCCUGGGAAUCCGUAAACAGACACAGAAACUACUCUUCACUGCCGCUCUCUCACAACAGGAGUCGAUCAAAAGCCCCUCGCUUACCCUUCUCUUACCACCACCUCGACACUCCCCCCACCAAUCCAAUUGCUUCGCUUUUUUCUGUCUCCUGUUCCACACUAUAAAUACCAAAUGAAGGGGAAGAGGAAGGCAGCCGCAAGCCCCAAUAUGGCCUUGACCGAUGUUUUAGUGGAUGCCCAGAACAUGGUAGAGGUUCUUGUUCAAAGUGGGAAUGCUGAACGAGAUGGGGUUGAUGAAAAUGGUGAGAAUCGGGAAGGUGAAGGAGAGGAAGAGGAAGAGGAGGAUGAUGAUGACGAUGAGGACGAGGAUGAGAAAGGAGAAGAAGAAAGGCCUAAGCUCGACGAGGGUUUCUUCGAAAUCGAGGCUAUUCGACGCAAAAGGGUCCGCAAGGGUCAGCUUCAAUAUCUCAUAAAAUGGCGAGGCUGGCCAGAAACGGCCAACACCUGGGAACCCUUAGAGAAUUUGCAGUCAUGUUCUGAUGUCAUUGAUGCAUUUGAGGAUAGCUUGCGAUCUGGUAAAUCUUCACGAAAGAGGAAACGCAAGUAUGGAGGCCCUCAUAAUCAGCCUAAGAAGAAGCUGUCACAUUCCUCUGGUGGCUAUAGCAUUACCAAUGUUGAAGUAAAUGUUGUUGAUAAACCUUUAUACUCUGCUCCUCUGAAUAACUCGAGCCUUGCCGAUCGACCUGUGGGUUCAGGUCAUGAAGGAGAGAAAAUUGAAGUUAGCAAUGUUAAAACAGCGAAGAAAGCUGAUGAGAAUGGGUACACCAAUGGUUCAAAGGAAACUUUUGACAAGAAAGAGGAUAAUGAAUAUGAUCCAAAGCUUAGUGAGCUGAGAGGAACAAUCUCUAUGAAUGAUGUGAAUGCAGAAAUGCUAGCAAUACAUUUCCAAGAUGUUAAUGCUUCAAGAGGUGAUGGCCCUACAAAUGGGCUUCCUAAGGUUGAGUAUGUGGAUUCUAAUCAGAACAAUCGGCGCACAGGUGCUAAGAGAAGGAAGUCCGGUUCCGUGAAGAGGUUUAAAAAGGACUUGGAUAUGUGUGAAUCGCUUUGCUUCCAAAGUUCACCGUUUUUCUUACAACCUUCACCGUUGAAUAUCUCUGUUGGGACAACUGCACAACUAGGAAUUGGAAAUGGGACUUUAGCUGGGACUAAUUCAAGUUACAAGCCAGUGGAUGAAAAUUCUAUAACUGUCUCCAAGAUCCUCAAGCCAAUAGGCUUCUCAGAUUCUGUGACAGACAAUGUCCAAGAUGUGCUGGUAACCUUUGUGGCAUUGAGGUCUGAUGGGAAAGAAGUCAUAGUAGAUAACAGGUUUCUCAAGGCUAAUAAUCCACUUCUGUUGAUUGACUUUUAUGAGCAGCAUCUCAAGUACAGUACAUGAUUCGACGGAGAAUUAGAGGGAAAUUUAGUGUAUGCGAUCUGCAUGAUCACAUCUUUUUGUGUGUGUACAGUUGUAAUUCUAUAGUUGCAGGAGGAUGACUAAUAGCAAUAUAUCUGUAGAGCAUCUGUAUCUCACCUUGUACCUUUUGUAUGAUUAGAUAUUUUGUAAUUCAUCUACCUGCUGUUGUGUUAUCAAAAUAUUUAACAUGUAGAUGAUUAGAACUUGUUCAGAACUGUAUUUCUGUGAUUUCCGAUAAAUAUCAUCUUUAUUUCAAUUCCCUCA